GAGAUUACCCACAUACUAUCGGUAUACAUAGUCGAAAAUUGGUUUGUUAACAAUUAUUUUUAGUAGAUUGGCUGUAGAAAAUAAAGGGGCUUAUUUCUUUUAGGCUCUAUGGUUCGAGCAAUGGCGUUGUUCAAAAUAAAUAAUUUUUUUUGAAGGCAAAGGCAAAGUGUGGUUGGAGUGAUUGAACUCGUGAUUAAAUACUCGCAGCAAAGGUUUGAGUUAUUUUUUAACAGCAGAACGUUUUAGAAAAAAAAUAUACAUUGUUGUUCAUUCAUUCUGCAUUCAACAGCAUUUUUUUAAAAAAAAAAAACUAAGCCCGAAGAGUUCCGCUUCUUGAUGUCCGAUGAGUGGUACCACCAUCAGAUGGAUGCUGCGGACGACGACGAUGAGAUGCAGGAACAGUUGAUGGCCUACAAGAAGGCAUAUCGCGACCUGAAGAGGAAAAUAAAGUAUCUUAUUUACGAGAAUGAGUGCUUCCAAGACUCGCUACGCAAGACCAGGCGGAGCUUGCUCAAGGUCAGCCGGGACCGCAGCUUCCUGCUCGACCAGUUGCUCCAGUACGAGAAGGUCGAAGUGUCGAGCAGCGACACGGAGGAGACGGAGUCGUCGGACGACGGGGAGGUAGUCCGGCCGGAACCCGUCAAGCGAAAGAAACCAGACAGUGCUGCCAACAGCUAUGGUCAAAUGUUGCAAGGUUCGGGAGGAGGGCAUAAAGGUCAGACGUCGGCAAAGAGGAGGAAGCCAAUAUCUAAGCCUAACAAGACCAGCAAUGCCCCAGCCGUGCAGGUGCUGGGCGGGAUGGGCGGCCCGUCCAUGAUGGCCGACGGCCACAUGACCCCGGAGGACGUGAAGCGCCACCUGGAGGCCAAGCAGACCUACAUGGAGCUGCUGCCGGAGAAGGCCCCGCCCACCCUCGUCCAGGACAUGUUCAGCAACGAGCUGUCUCUCGACAGCGAGAGCAACGAGCUUUGCGAGCUCGAGACGUCGCCGAGCAACCUGGGCGACGACGGCCUCAGCAUGGACAUGAUCCCCGACUGAGCGCCGCAUCCCGAGGUCCCAGGGUCCGCGGCCGGUACAAGCGUUCCUGGGACACACCCGGCCUCCGGACGUCCCCUCCGCAGCGUGUGCAGUGGUGUCGAAGAUCGUCACCCGAUCAACGUCGUGGACUUCCAAUUUCCAUCCUCUUAAAACGGGAGGUUGGGGAUAUCGAGAGACCUGAACACGCCGUGUCGUGGAUCUGCAGUGGUGUCCACGUUCUGGAAAGUCGUGCAAUGGUGAUUUGAGGGGAAGAGUGUCAUAGUGUUUUUAGUGCGAAGUUGUACACACUGUAAAAUGGCGUAAGCAAGGUUCUGUUAAACGUAAAAAAAAAGAAAGAAAGAAAGCAGAGGGGUAUAGGCCACCUCUGGGAUUGUGGGAGGCUGGUUUUUCUUUAUUUCUUUCAUCAAAUUGCAAAACAGAAAUAUUAUUUUUUUAAAAAAAGUAUGGAAAUUAGAAAUUUUGGUCAGGGAAAGUGAGGGAAAAGUCGAUAAAAAUUUUACGAACUUUCUGUGGACACCCUGAUUUAAACAAUUUUAAGUUUUAAAAACAUUAUUGUAUGAAAAUUCCUCAUUGUUAAGGCAAUGGUACAUAAAAUUAUCUGAGUACCUUUUUUACUAUGGCUGUUGCUACAAUUAUUAUUAUUUUUCAUGGGCAAUCACGUAGACCUAAAAUAAAAUCAAUGUUUUGAUAAUAACUAAAAUAAAUUUUUUUUUGGUUGUCAGUGUUUUGAAAUCUCAAAAAUUGAUUACUGUGAUUAUGACAUUGACAUUUGUUGAUUACUUGAUUAUGACAAACUUUCAUUAAUAAGAUGUUAAAAAAUCUCAUGAACUAAAAACUGUUGAAUACAGGACGGCUGCUUUUGGUGUGUGCUUAUAUUUCCUCUCAAAGCUUUUAACACUUUUUUUUAAAUUUUAUUUGGGAUUUUUCUUCAAGGUUGUGACUGUGCCUAGAAUGUGAUAUUAAACUUUUCCAUGUUCAUCUGUGUUAUUUUCUCAUAAUCGCUUCUGAAGUUUUCUGCGUUAUACAUACCCUUUUAUCAGUGUGAACUUCCCAGCAAUAAAGUAGACUGGAUUGUUUCAAUUUAUACAAUCAAAUACUAAAAGAAUGUUAUUGAGAGAGAAAAAAAAGUACAUAGGUAUGUAGUUUCUUAUUCUGUCAAGUGGUAUUUAAUAUGACGUAAAACCUAAUAUGUAUUAGCAAUGACAUUUUUUUAUACGUGCAAAUGUGAAACUAGUCAAUGUAUGUAUUUCUGCUCAGAAAGCAUUUUAUUUGCUAUUAUCAUUGAAAUGUGUAAAAAUAAAUGUCUUUGUUCAA